AUACAAUUAUUCAGCAAGUUUUGCCGAAAACGUGUUCGAUUUUGUGGGAUUGCCAGUCUUAUUAUCCAGCACGCUUGGAGAACUUGUGUUCGUUUACUUUAUUUUCUGGAUUGCAGUGAAUUUUAUCGGCUUCGUUAUUGUGCUAAACUAUUUUGCAACUCUUCAGAAAGAUGAGUAAGAUGAACCCAAAUCGUAGCAAUAAGGAUUCGGGCGCCACUGAGGAUUCCAACGCGAAGAAGGGUUUGCAAAUGGAUUCCGAUUCAUCAGAGCAGCCGAAAGAUCACUAUGAUGGUUCAGAUGAGUACGAGGAGUCUGACUUAUCAUCGGGUUCCUCACAGGAUUCGACAACUCAAAGCAGCGAGGACUCUGACUCAUCAUCAGGUUCUUCAGAGGACUCUCCACCUCCAGAAAUACCAAUACCAGAAGCCUUAUUGAAGGUGGAUCCAAAUGAUCAGCAGUCGGUUGUCAAUGCAAUUGGGCUUUUGGUUAACAGGAUUAACACCCAACUGGAUGCUAUCCAGUCGAAAGUCUUCCCGAAAUCACCACUUGAUUUUGUCGGCCUCGUCCGCCAGAAGAAGCUUUGGAAGAUGCGUCAACGCGAUAAAGCCCAGAUGGAGAAGUCCUCCGAAUAGAAUAAUUUGCUCUUUUUUCAUUUUCGUACAAUAUUUCUUGUAUCAUGAAUUUAAUAAUGUUCAAUUUGUAGAGCAAUUAUAAUUUCGAAGGGACGCUA